AUGCCCGAAACGUGCCGCUAUUCAUUGGCCACGGCAUGCGUGAUCACGUCGUUCCGUGCGUCCUGUCACGUCUAUACUGCCGUUGUUGAUGCUUACCUGGGUGACAGUUAUCAAUGGGCGAAUGCAUCAGUCUCAUAUCUCGAGCACCAGCUUGGCAUGACGCGGGUGACGAUGAAAACCUAUCCCGAGCUGGCCCAUUGGGUCAGCGCAGAAGAGCUGCAAGACUUGCUGCAUUGGCUGCAAGACAUCCUUGCGAUCAAAUCGACAGUGAUUGGUGCGGGAGACAUAUACGACCAUCCCGCUGACGUGUCAUCGCCAUUGUAA